AUGAGUAAACCGAUAGAAUAUCAACUAAUAUUAAUCUUAAGAAUAAUAUCAAUUUUUGUGAUAAUUUCAUGGGGAGCAUGUUCUGCAUAUGCAGUCAAACAUCGAUCCUAUUUGCCUUUAAGCCGCUAUAACAUAAGAGGGAAAGAGAGAAGUGUAUCCCUUAACUUAUCAACUAGCCAAAAUGAGUACAAUUUGAAAAUUGUUUUAUACCCAGACCCUGUUCUUCGGAAGAAGUGUGAUGAGGUGGUUCACUUUGAUGAUAAUUUGAAGACACUGAUAAGAAGCAUGUUCAAAAUAAUGUACGAAAGCAAAGGAAUAGGAUUAGCAGCACCUCAAGUUAAUAUCAGUAAAAGAAUUAUCGUUUGGAAUGCAUUGUAUGAAAAACAAAAAGAAGAAAAUGAAAGAGUUUUUAUUAAUCCUACAAUUGUUGAACAAAGUUUAAUUAAAACGAAAUUAGUAGAAGGAUGUUUAUCAUUUCCAAAUAUUGAAGGAAAGGUGGAUCGUCCAAGUAUUGUUUCAAUUAGUUACUAUGACUUAGAAGGUAAUAAACAUUUAAAAAUUUUGAAAGGAAUUCAUGCAAGAAUAUUUCAACAUGAAUAUGAUCACCUUAAUGGUAUUUUAUUUAUAGACCGUUUUAGUCAAACAGAAAAGCAUAAAGUUCGUGCUAAAUUGAAUGAAAUGAUACGUAUAUUUAAGAGUAAUUUUGAGGAAGAGCCAGCAGUGUGA